AUGUCGACUGCCUCAAACCGGUCGUAUCAACCGAGUCGUCACCUCAGCAGCAAUCGCAUGCCUAGAAGGCCCCGAGCGGCCUCUAGGGCUCAGCGGGCUGCUGUCGUUGAUCGCGAUGAGGCCUUCACCUAUGCCCUCCGAACCGCCUUUCUCUACCACCUCCUCCAACCUCGCGCCCGACGGAAGCAAUAUGUCAACGCCCCACCAAAACCUUUACACAAUCGCUCGCACUCGAGCAUGGGACAUCUUGUGCAAGACUUUGUCUCGACUGGCAACACGGGCGGCAGCAUGAAGCUGCCCCACAGCUUCCGCGGCGCACUUUUGGACCGGAUGCAGGAGUCCUUCGGGGCAUUGAAAGGAUGCCCGGAGCUUCCAAAAACAAUGGACAAGGAGCGCAAGAUUGAACCCCUCGUCCUCAUCUUCUUCUCGUCCGCAACCAAAGCCGCCCAGAAGGCUGCGGCGCCGGGAGACGAGUCCUGGAGACUGCUUCCAGACCGUCACGUUGCGCUCUUCAUUCGCCUCACGAUCAAGAUCCUUCGAGACCAAGGCCAGGACCGUGAUAGGCCUGAGCUCUUGAAUAAACUUACCACGCUGGAGAAUAAGCUGUUGACCAACGACCAGAACCUCAUAGACUCUGGUAGCCAGGGCAGCACAGGUAAGACCAUCGAGGUUGUGGUGCCCUUUAGCUACGACGUCAAAGAUAUGCCAUUGGUACAGACUGUCGCCAAAAUUUUUGGCUACCCCGACUCCCACGCCCAGGCAGAAAUCCACAACAACAAACCCAACUGGACGGAGGAGGCUGCUCUCCGAGACCUCAAGAGCUAUCAGCAUCGGCUCAACUCCAACAUAACCGGUGCGCUUUGCAGCGGCGAUUUCAGCGCCGAGGAGGCUUUCGAAGAUUGGAAAAAGUCCGAAGCCCCGCACCUCUCACGCAUCAUGCUCGACAUCCUUACCGCUCGACCAGAGCUGGCGAAAACGUCCACGACCGACAACAUCCUCGAUAAACCACUUCCCAUCCCAUCGGCGAGCUACGAGGAAGACCAAGCCUACGCGGACCUGGCGCGCCUCAUCUCGGGCAGCGACGAGACUCCCAUGUUCGGUUUCGACGGCGUGGACGAAGCAAAUUAUACCUUCAUCCCCUACGACCCUCGGGCGUUCUACAAGGCCCUGCUCAUGGAACUGGCAGUCUACUGGCGCAUACCGCAGUCUUCAAGACUCAUCACCCUCGUUGAAAUUUCCGUCAAGAGAUAUAAUGACGGGGAGAUCAACCUCGAAGAUUUAGACGCCGUGCUGGAUUUGGUCAAAUCUGAGGGCCAGGAAUUGAAGAAGGGCCCUUACAUCACCAACUACGCCGCCCCCUUGACGGCGUUGGACCCUCUCGCUGGACCGUACACGACCGCUCAGUAUUUCAACGUGCACUUCAAGCACUUCACGAAACCCUCCUUCGCGAUCUUUACAACCAGCUAG